AAUGCAAGUGUUUCUAUGGGAGGCUUACAUUUGCUGGGGGGGGCAACGAGUCUUAGCAUAUUGUCGAAGCUGUUAUAAUGAGCCCAUCAGCAAACACUGGCUGACCUCUGCAGCAUCAAGUGAGAGCAAGGAGAUGAGGGCUUGGCCAUGAUGAGAGAGACAGGAAGGAAACAGUUAAUGCACAAGAGGAUUUUUUUUUCACAAGACUGAGAUAAGAGGUUGGGAGGAGAAGAGAUGCUGCUGAGAGUUCCCAUUGUCACACACAUUUCCAGUCUCAGCAAGUCUGCAGCACCCCCUGCUCAGCUGUGUAGCCAGUCACCAUGCAGGAUGACGGAAAGGAAAAUGAUGGCAGUUUGUUGGGAGACCCUGGUCAGACUUCCCCUGAAAAAAAAGACAGUGUGAAAUGGCAAAAGCCUCGCCUGUCUCGCAGGACACUGAUGAAAUGCUGCAUGGUGAAAUGGAUACUGUCCAGCACUUCCCCACAAGGCCCAGAUGACAGUGAGACUGAUUUGGAACUAUCCACCGUACGACACCAGCCGGAGGGGCUGGAACAACUGCAGGCCGUCACCAAGUUCACUAAGAAAGAACUGCAGUCCUUGUAUAGAGGCUUCAAAAAUGAAUGUCCAAGUGGUUUGGUUGACGAGGAAACGUUCAAGUUGAUCUACUCACAGUUUUUCCCUCAAGGAGAUGCCACAAUGUACGCGCACUUUCUCUUUAACGCCUUUGACAUGGACAGGAACGGCGCAAUCCAAUUUGAGGAUUUUGUUGUCGGUCUGUCUAUCCUCCUGAGAGGGACUGUCCAUGAAAAGUUGAAAUGGGCUUUCAACCUGUAUGACAUUAACAAGGACGGAUACAUCACCAAGGAGGAGAUGCUUGCCAUUAUGAAGUCCAUUUAUGACAUGAUGGGUCAUUACACUUACCCUUUGCUCAGAGAUGAUGCCCCUGUAGAGCAUGUGGAGAGAUUCUUUCAGAAGAUGGAUCGGAAUUGCGACGGGGUUGUCACCAUUGAUGAAUUUUUGGAAACAUGUCAAAAGGAUGAAAAUAUCAUGAAGUCCAUGCAGCUUUUUGAGAAUGUCAUUUAGAAGAGGACGUGACUUUUUGUCCAUGCCAGCACUAGACGGGACCCAUUCAAAUCCGUGCCCCCACGUGGAUCACAGCCACCACUCUUUCCUUCUGUCACAAGCAGUUGAUGGAUGGUGUUAUUGUUCUCCCAGGGAACAGAGGAUCAUACUUACUGCCUGCCUGUUUGCACUGAUCCCUACUCUUCACAACAAACUCACCUUUAUAAAGACUGUUUUUUAAAAAAAUAUAUAUAAAUUAACUAAAAUAAAAAAAAAGCACAUUUA